UGUGUGGCUACUUGUACUUGCCCAGACUAAAGCUGGUUUUAUAGUGCUAGCUCACUGAGAUACCAUGCAGCAGGUAGGCAUGGAGACACAUUAUAGAAGAAAGAGAAGGAAGAAGAAAAUACUUUAUUAACGUGUAACUUGGUAUACAAUUGACAUGUUAAAAUCACAUAAAAUACACAGUAAAAAAUGCUGACCACCCGGUAACAACUUUAAAACCACAUACAAAUGUGAAAAUUAUUACGACAAGACUAAAACGUUAAAAUAUAAUAUACAUUACGAUAAUCAGUGUCUUGGACUAAAACGCGUGUUUUCGUCUAUUAUACAUUUGUGAUAUUAAUGCGGCAAGAGGCUUCACAAAUCUUCCAUUACGUAAUAAGAAUAUAGACUGAUUCUUUGAAGACAUUUGUGAAAAUAGAGGGUUAAUACGGGAGAUAUCAUGCCAUAAAUUGUAUCUGAUAUCAGAAUAAAAGUCGCACUUGGCGAGAAAGUGUAACUCAUCUUCAACAGAUUUGCUGCAACAAAAUUUACAGAUCCUGUCUUGUAAAGGCAUUUCGGGUGGGAAUACCUGCCUAGUUCUAUCUCAAGAGGCAAAGUACCAUAGCGUAGCUAACUCAGUACACUACGUUGGGAUCUUGUUAACAGUGAGGUGACAUACUGUUCUGGCUUUAAUAGUUUCUUAAAUAACCGAUAAGUUCGUCGUUUAUUUCACUUUACGUUGACCCCGGUCGUUAUACAGAUCGUUGUACCAUGAUUGACUAUCAAGAGACUUAGUCCAGACUUUCAUAUGAUAAAAUCAGCUCUUGAGAUAUCAUGGAGAUCGAAUGGUAAAUUCAGAUUAUCAAUAAAUUUAAAAACAGUACUAUUCCAGGACUUUGGGUACUGAUUUGACCAUCUAAAGAUCAGACUUGGUAAUCUGGUUUAUUCCAUUUUUUUUAGCUUACUCAAGAAUGAUAAAAUGCCAAUCUUUUGGUUUGUAAAAGGCAGUGCCCAACCCAUCUCUCCACGGACGGAGUGGAGUGGGGUUUUACUUCCUACACCUAAAAGAAUCUACAUGCCCGAUUCUGGACAGAAUUGAUACAACCUAACUGCCUGGUAUCCCAUAUUGCCGCACCACAUGAUAGGAUGGGUUGAACUAAGAUUCUGUAUAGGGUGAUAUAAACAUCACAAGGAAAGCCACUAACAGCUUUAAAUUUACUGAUAUUAGUACCAAGUGCACGACUUGCAGAUUCAGCGAUUUCUCACCCACUCACCCACCCACUUACUCACUCAGGCUGAUUCUCGUGUAAGACAGCAAGCAGCUUUAUACAUCCAGUCUUCAGCCUGAACCAACAGCGACUGACGGCUGACUAUCAGGCACCCUCUCAAGACAACAGCUACCGUCCGUUUGACUCACUCACCCACUCACUCACUCACCGGUCUGUCGAUUUCAUGUGACUGUGCAAAAUUUAGUUUUGUGGCAAUUAUUAGAUUUUGUGUUAGUGAGCAAAUCUUCGGUCUCAAAUGAAACCAAACGGACUUUAGCUUUGAUAACACGAUGACAUAGCUUGCAGUAGUGUCACACGUAGCUAUAGGUAAUGUGUACACUGCUCCGUAGAAGCAAACACUGUCAUAUCACAUCACGUCCUCCAACCCGGCUCCUUGACACACUUCACAACCGUCCACGUUUGUCGUAGAACGAUAUAUCCGGGCAAUCUAGGGGUCAAUGGAGUGGAUAUCCCGUGAGAGGGAAAGGAAAGAUUGUACAACCAGAAGAGGGGAACCAGGAUGUACUGCAAGACAUUUUGCAAAUAGAUUGGAGGAGGCUACAAUUAGAAGCAGAAAAGAUUCAUGCAGAUAAAUAUUUGUUAUUGAUAUCGACUGAUCGCCUUUGUCCAACUACAUACAGCUUCGGCCACUAUGAAUUACAAGUACAAAAUAUGUUUCGUCACAUGCCUGGUGACAUCUCUUGCUGCUGUAGCUUUCUACUUGACAAGUACUCGAUUACUGGGUGUGCUUACAUUGCAAACGUCCAGUUCAACAACACUGAAGACAAGACAACAACUGUCCCUCCUCGAAGUGUCUCUCAAGCAUCCCCUCGUGCUUCAUAGACGGAGUGUGAACAUUACUUCAGCAGGUUACGAAACGCGGAAACGUAUUGUGUGGAUGAACGUCCCAUCUUGGUACAAAACUGUAAAGUCCUUUGACCACUGUUACCUUCGUUCGUGUGAAAUAAGUACGAACGAGGCACACAUUUCAUCUGCUGAUGCUGUGAUUGUCAAUGGCGUUAAUCUGCCUUCAUCAAAACACCCAAACACCAACAUGAACCAGGUGUGGAUUAUGUAUGGGUGGGAAGCACCUCUUCACUAUCAUUCAAACACGAUUUUCCGUUCUGACUGGAAUGGACGUUUUAACUGGACAUUGACGUACCGCCUGGAUUCGGAUAUACCCUUUCCCUACAAUAGGAUCUUGUAUACAGGAGGCACUGUGAAUAUAAGUGAUGUUCUGAGACGAAAAAGUAGAUCAAUAGCUUGGUUUGUUAGUAACUGUGGUACACCGUCAAAGAGGGAAGUGUAUGUGACGGAACUGCAAAAAUAUAUUGAUGUUGACAUCUAUGGUGCCUGCAGACAUAACAAGAGUUUUGACUGCCCCAAGGAAAGGUCAUUCGAGUGUCUUGGCCUGUUAAACACAACCUAUAGGUUUUACCUUUCGUUUGAAAAUUCCCUUUGUAAAGACUAUAUCACAGAAAAGUUCUACAACACGUUCAUGACUUCAGCUAUUCCCAUCGUUCGUGGAGGCGCUAAUUAUACACAUCUUCUGCCAAAAGGAACCUUCAUCAACACAGCAUCAUUUGACAGUCCCAAGAGUUUGGCAAAUUAUAUCAAAUCUUUGGAGAGAAACGAGACAGCUAUGGGUCAUAUUCUGCAAAAGAAGCACAAGUAUGCAUACAUUAAUUCAGAAAGUACGGACUUCGAUUGGAGAUGUCAGCUGUGUGCCAAGUUACAUGGUAAUAUUACAAGAACGCAUUACACAGAUAUGAAAGAGUGGUUAAAGACUGGGAAAUGCCAAGAACAGCCAACAGAUCUGCCGUAAUGUUAGAAACCUGUCCUAAUCGUUAGAUAUCAUAACGGGAAAUGCAAAAGAAAGGUUUUUGUUCCCAGUUACAUCUUGGAACACACUAGUUACAGUGAGCGAGUGGAUGAGUGUACACGUGUUAACAAUAUUCCAGCAAUAUAAGGGCGGGGACAACAGAAAUAGGCUUCAGGCAUUGUACCCAUGUGGGGAGUUGAACUUGGGUCUUCUGACGCGCAAUCGCUUGAACCACAAGGCUUCACGAAACCAAAUGACACGCCCUCUCCAUACACGCUCUCAUCUACACACGGAGAUAAGAGUCUUUUAUGCCACCCUCACUACACAUAAUGAAUGAAUGAAUGAAUAGGACAAACUAUUACAUCAGUGCCAAGCACCAUUUGAGGAUUUGAACAAUUAAUUUACGACGAUAAUACCAGCUGUAUUCAUAUGUGAAUAAAGCAAUACAUUUCUCAGUUGAAGAUAA